ACAGAAAUAUUUUAAUAAAGCUUGUGAUUCUGUUCGAUUCUUUCUUUCUUUCGUCUUCAACCUCCCGAUUUGUUCCCACAACAAAUGUAUCCUACUGAACCACACGGAAGCUGUUGAUUGUGGUGUUUCGACCAGACUCCGGUCAUCGGAAUCAAACAAGUUUAAUUGAAAUCAUUUGAGACGGUGCAGUACUGAAGAGAGGAGAAAUCAGAUUUGAAACGUCCGUGGAAAUUUGUGUUCAAUGUGAAGAAAAUAACUAAUAAGAGAAGAAAACAAGGAGAGCGAAGUUGAUCUGUCAGUUUAGAAGAAGCUGUUGGAGUCGCAACCUUUUGGAAAUACCGUUGAGUUGUUGUGAAAAACGAUAUACAGAAGUUAAUAAGAUAAGCUUAGAAAAGAAAGGUUCCGCAUUUUCAAAAAUGGCGUCAGGAUACAAGACUGAUGAGGAGACGAACGAUAAAGAUAAUAGUAUCUGGGUUUUAGAUCACCAGAUGGACCAGUCAAUGGAGGAGGAGUCUAGGCAGCUAAGAAAUGUGCAUCAGGAAAAGGAUCAUUCUGUGUAUAAAAUUCUACAAUUUGCAUUCCAAAGCCUUGGAAUAGUGUAUGGAGAUUUGGGGACUUCCCCUUUAUAUGUCUUCUAUAACACAUUUCCUGAUGGAGUUGAAAAUACGGAGGAUUUGAUAGGAGCUCUGUCAUUGAUUAUAUACUCUCUAACUCUCAUAACCCUCAUUAAGUACGUAUUUAUUGUCUGCAAGGCAAAUGACAAUGGUCAAGGUGGAACAUUUGCUUUGUAUUCAUUGCUGAGCCGUCAUGCUAACAUAUUGACUAUUCCUAACCAUGACCUCAGCGAUGAGAAGCUUACAACUUAUAGUCGUGCUGUGUUCCGGGAACAAUCAUUUGCUGCAAAAACUAAGAGACGGCUGGAAGGGCAUCAUGUUAAGAAACAUGCAAUUCUUGUUCUCGUUCUUGUUGGCUCUUGCAUGGUGAUUGGGGAUGGAAUUUUAACACCUGCUAUUUCAGUUCUUUCUGCUGUUGAGGGGAUCAACGUUGGUCGUGCAAAAAUAAGCGGUGAUGUUGCUGUUCUUGUUGCCAUUGUCAUACUUAUUUUCUUGUUUAGCAUGCAACGUUAUGGCACAGAUAAAGUUGGUUGGCUUUUUGCCCCGGUAGUUUUUCUGUGGUUCAUCUUAAUAGGUGGCAUCGGCAUAUUUAACAUCUGCAAAUAUGAUUACACUGUCUUGAGAGCCUUUUCUCCGGUACAUAUAUAUCGGUACUUCAAAAGGGGAGGGAAAGAUGGAUGGACAUCUCUUGGAGGGAUCAUGCUUAGUAUUACAGGAACUGAAGCACUUUUUGCAGACCUAUCCCAUUUUCCAGUUUCCUCCAUACAAAUUGCUUUUACAGUAGUCGUAUUUCCUUGCCUUCUUUUAGCCUACACUGGACAAGUUGCCUAUCUCAUGAAACACCCAAAUUAUGUUGUCGGUGCCUUCUACCAUUCAAUUCCAGAAAGUAUAUAUUGGCCUGUAUUUCUUGUUGCAACUACCGCCGCUAUCGUUGCAAGCCAAGCCACCAUAUCUGCAACCUUUUCAUUAAUCAAGCAAGCCCUUGCACUCGGUUGUUUUCCAAGAGUUAAAGUUGUUCAUACUUCUACGAAGUUCCGUAAUCAGAUAUAUAUUCCUGAUAUUAAUUGGAUCCUGAUGGUCCUUUGCAUUGCCGUGACAGCUGGGUUUCAUAAUCAAACCCAAAUUGGAAAUGCUUCUGGAACAGCAGUGAUUAUAGUGAUGUUGGUAACCACAUUCCUCAUGACUUUAAUAAUGAUAUUAGUGUGGCAUUCUCACUGGAGUCUAGUUCUGCUCUUCAUUUCCUUAUCACUGAUUGUGGAGGGUUUCUACCUCUCCUCAGUUAUUCAGAAGGUUUAUCAAGGUGGCUGGGUUCCCCUGGUUAUAGCAACAACAUUUUUCAUCAUCAUGUACGUUUGGCAUUAUGGUACGGCUAAACGUUAUGAGAUUGAGAUGCACACUAAGGUUUCAAUGGCAUGGAUUCUUAGCCUUGGCCCCAGUUUAGGACUUGUAAGGGUGCCUGGGAUAGGACUUGUGUACACGGAACUAGCAAGUGGUGUCCCCCACAUCUUUUCACACUUCAUCACAAACUUACCCGCCAUUCAUUCUGUUGUGGUUUUUGUGUGUUUGAAGUGUUUGCCUGUCCACACAGUCCCAGAAGAAGAGAGAUUUCUAGUAAAACGGAUUGGACCAAAGAAUUUUCGCAUGUUUCGAUGUGUAGCUAGAUAUGGUUACAAGGACCUCCACACGAAAGAUGAUGAUUUUGAGAAGAAACUCUUUGAUAGCAUUUUCUUGUUUGUUCGACUUGAGUCGUUGAUGGAUGGUGGAUCUUCAGAUUCAGACGUGUCAAGUCUACUUGAUGAACAAAAUGAAACAGCUUUUGAUUACACACUGAAAGCCAUUAAUUCAAUGUGUUCAUCUUCAACAGCCCUACAAUUGGCAGACUCAAUUGAGAUUGUCAAUUCUCCAUUGCAUCAAAACGUAUCCACCAUAGCACCCGAUCGAGAGAAUGAUCAGACUGAGGUAGAUGAGUUAGAAUUCUUGGUUAGCAGUAAAAAUGUUGGAGUUGUACACUUUCUUGGAAAUACAGUAAUGAAAGCUAGGAGGGACUCUAGAUUCUGUAAAAGGAUCGCUAUAGAUUAUAUUUAUGCCUUUCUUAGAAAGAUAUGCAGGGAGAACAGCGUUAUGUUCAAUGUUCCUCAUGAGAGUUUGCUUAAUGUUGGUCAAACAUUCUAUGUAUGAUUUGUUUAGAAUCUAUAAGAAAAUUCAAUCUGAGUGGAUUCUUCAUCCAAUUCAUUUUCAAAA